UGUCUUUUUUUCUUUUGUUCUUUUUUUUUGUUUUUAUUUUCUCUCUCUCUCUCUCCGAUCUGCCCGUUUUUGCUUUUCGUUUUAAAAACGGACAACCCUGGUGCACUGAACGUGUGGAAUUUGAUUUCAGAAAUUCUUUGGUGCGAUCAUUUUUUUUUAUUUCGUGCGGGCAAGGUCUCGCAUAAGUUUGGGGACGUUUUAGCCUUGGAUCAUAAUCUAAAUAGGAAAACAAAAAGGAAGGGUUGGAAGGAUUCAAGAGCCAAUUUGCAUUGUGCGACACGAGUGGGGCAAAGAAAAAAACUGCAGUGGAUACAACAUUUGUGUCCCUUUUGUUUUGUUUCGUUCAGCUGUUUUUUAUCCCCAUUUUUUGUACUGGUUUGGUGCUCUUUUUAGUCCAGACAUUUUCCAUCCAUUCUGCAGAACAAUAGCCUUUUUACAAUUUGCACCAUUAUUUGAUUGGCUCUUUUCGAGACCCGAUCUUUCAAUGGAAGACGUUUUCAAACGAAAAAGAACUUGAUUCGCCUGGCCCCCGCGAUCGUUGCCACUGGCAAAGUAAAAAUAAUUCAUAGUCACUUUCUCCGUACCCGUUAGUGUUUGAAAUGACGCAAGUAUAAGCAGAGAGCGAAAAUUCUUUGAGGCAACAAUUUGUCGGUGAAUGUUUCGCAUCGUACGCAAAGUGUGUAGGAAAAAGUGUGACAACGACGUGAUCGUAAAAGAUCCUGCCGUUGGCUGGGUGUUUUGGUUGUGCUGGAACGACGACGGAUCGCCGCCAGUCGUCGGCACUUGGUGCGUGUGCGGCAGUGCCACUUGAGUCGGCACCGAACUGGACGUGACUCGAGCGUCAUCGGUUUUUUCUGCUUCAGCAGGAGAAUCCAAGAAGGACUAGGAGGAGGAGCAGCGGCCAGAAGGUGGGCAGUGGUGGUGUGCGGUGCAUCGCCAGUAUUACAACGACAACUACUGCGACUACAACGACUCGGAUUGCCGGCGGAGUAGUGCGCCAAAAAGGCCCAAAAACCAUCUCCUCUCUCUCGUUCAACUGCUAACGGCUGGCUGGCUGAGCUGGCCGGCUGGUUCGUUAGCUGGCUGGCUUUAGCUAAGCUAGCUAGUCUCUCUCUCUCUCUCUCGUUUGUCUAUACCUCUCUACUACUUCUGCUUCGUUCUUUUCUGCUGUUUCGGCAUUUGACAACGAGACAACCGAGAGGAAACAGAGCGGCUCCUGCCUUGCUGAGAUCGGCUCCUGCCUUUGCUGCUCUGCUCUCUGCUGGAAAUAGAACUGCCGACUGGGGGCCCGCCGGAGUGUAAAUUUAACUCUCUUCGUCCAGCCACACGCAGCCCGACUCCCUUUCUAUCCCCUUUUUCGCUACCUACGCUCGCCCCACCUACUAUUCCGCCCUACUCCUCACCCAACGAAAAACACAGACCGACAGCACAAGGAAAAGUAAGAAACAGUGGAAAGAAAAAAGAAGCAAGAAUUUUGAUCAAAUUCAAGAAGAAGAAAGGAAUAGACCACAAAAGUAGGAAGCCUCUUCUCUGUGUCCCACUCUUCGCCAACUGCAACGAUCCCCCCAUAGUUUUUGCAUCGUUUCUCUCUCCGCCACGGAGCGUUCGACGAAGAAAACGAGGCAAAGUGAAGCUCCCCUUGCUCUCAUCCACGUUCAGGGGCGGUGGUGCCAAUAGGCCGAAAUGCAGUCGAACGUGACGACAGGCGCGGCCAGCGGCAGUACAAUGAGUGGAAUCGGUGGCAGCAUGAGUAGCAGCCCGCAAAAACCGGUGCAAGGUGGCCGGUUCGAUUUCGAUGACGGUGGAAUGUACUGCGGCGGUUGGGAGGAUGGUAAAGCCCACGGACACGGCGUCUGCACUGGCCUCAAAGGCCAAGGGGAAUAUUCCGGCUCCUGGAACUAUGGUUUCGAAGUUUCGGGUGUCUACACCUGGCCAGGAGGGAGCACGUACGAAGGUCACUGGCAGAACGGCAAAAGGCACGGCCUAGGCGUUGAAUCGCGUGGCCGCUGGAUCUAUCGUGGCGAAUGGACGCAAGGAUUCAAGGGCCGUUACGGUGUUCGUCAAUCGCUGACAUCGACAGCCAAGUACGAUGGCACUUGGGCCAACGGACUGCAGGAUGGUUACGGAUCCGAAACGUACGCCGACGGGGGUACCUAUCAAGGCCAAUGGCUGCGCGGAUUGCGUCACGGGUACGGAGUGCGGACAAGCGCCGCAUUUGGAAUGGCGUCGCGAUUCCGACCAAAGAGCGUUCGAUCUUCGAUGACGUCUCUGCGGAGCGGCGACGUCUCAGCUGGUCACCAUCACGGGCAUCAUCACAGCGGCGCCGCUUCGUCAUCCGGAGGUGCCGCUGGCGGUGGAGCCGGUGCCGAUCCGGCAGCCGACCGUGACAAGCGACUCGACGACGGACGAGGGGGUUUCGUUUUAAAAGCGAGAAGUGACGAACCCCCGACCAGACGGCGUUCCUUCUCCGAACGGUCGUCCACCAUCAAAAAGACUUUGUUCCAGGGUCUCCGCCUGAAGAAGCAGCACAGCACGGGCGAGUUGGAGAAGAGAGGAACUUCGGCGUCGAUCCGCUCGACGGGCAGCUCGGCAUCUUGGAUGUCCACCGAGUCGUCGCAGUCGGGCAUGACGGGAGGCUCCCACCACACCGACUCCAACGCCUCUUUCAUCGCAGAGGACGAGCCGCUGGAUGCCAGUGUGACGGAGACGUACAUGGGCGAGUGGAAGAAUGACAAAAGGGCUGGAUUUGGCAUCAGCGAACGAUCCGACGGACUCAAGUACGAGGGCGAAUGGUUCAACAACAAGAAAUACGGUUAUGGCGUCACUACACUCAAGGACGGAACGAAAGAAGAGGGGAAAUACAAGAACAAUGUGCUCAUCACGUCGCAGAAGAAGAAACACCUGUUCCUCAUCAGGUCGGCUAAAUUCCGUGAGAGGAUCGAGGCAGCCGUCAGCGCAGCCCAGCGAGCGUCCAAAAUUGCUCUCCAGAAAGCCGACAUCGCCAUCUCACGGACGUCGACAGCGCGCGGCAAAGCGGAAUUGGCGGAUGUGGCGGCCGUUCACGCUCGUGAAGACGCCGAUUUCGCAGUCAUUAUUGCCAAACAAUUGGCACCUGAUUUCCAACCAAGUGCAGAGACGAUGAGGCCACCGUUGGCAGUCCUGGCGCGUUUGAUACCGCACCAGCUAUCCACAUCCGCUGCUACUGGGCCGGCCGGACCAUCAUCUACGCAAGCAAAAACAGGGCCGAAUUAUUUAAUGCCAAACAAUAUCCAGCACAGUGACGGUUACGGAUACAUGGGCGAUGGUGCAGUCCCUGCCGGAUCGACGAAUGCUGUCCAGCAACCUGUCGCCACCUCCAGAACUGAAGAUUAUGGAGGAGGAGGAGGAGGUUUAAUGCCCUCCAUGGGCCUGACCGGUGGAGGAAGCGGAGGAGGAACGAGCGAACUCAGCCGCCGUCCCAGCGUCGCCAUCGGUGGCGUUCGCAGUCCGAGCAAUUUCCAAAACAAAAUGGAAUUGGAUCACAGUUUGGUAGCCAUGAAUAGCUAUUCCUCACCGAACAACAGCCGUUCUCCAGCUGGUGUGAUCCCCAGUGGAUUCGGCGGCCCUAGCAAUUACAGCAAUAACAUCAACAACAAUAAUAUCAAUAGCAGUCACAGCCUUCUGGCCAGGAAGAAUAGCCAGGAUCAAUUCGGUCUUCGAGCCAGUCUGCCUGUUCCAUCGCAACAACAGCUUCAGCAACAACAGCUCCAGCAACAACAGCUCCAGCAACAACAGCAGCAGUAUAGCAGUUCCAGUUACAAUCAGGCCAGCAACUAUGACGGUGGUGGCCCGUACUCGAGCAGUGGGGACGAAAUGAGAGGGGAAAUGGGUUUAGCAGGGCACGGGCAGCUUGAGCGCGGGCGCUCUUCUCUGCGACGAGGACCAGCCCUGUCCGGCAGUAGUUUCGGCGGUGGUGUUGGCGGUGGCUACGUCCAGGAGUCAAACAAUCCGUCGUACAACUUCCAGCAGGCCAUGAACGAUCAUUUCGAUCAUUACAAACGGCCGCCUAGUCGUGAUCGCAGUCGUGAUCCAUCCAUGGACCGUUUCAGCCGGUCGUCCAGGCAGAGUUCGAUCGCGUUGACACGUCAGGAAUCGUCCCUGAUGGGCAGCCGUGGUCCUAGUCCGGCUCCUACGCCCAGUCAGAUGGUCUUCCGAUCUAACUCCAGACAGCGGCCUCCUCUUCUCAGCAGUAGCCCGACGCCUUCAUCGCUCAGCAGUCGGUUCCAUCAAGACAGCGCCGAUGGUGCUGGUCACGCUAACCAGCCCAGCAGCGGAAGCCUCCAGCGUCGAAUGGCCACGCCGAUUAGAGAAACGUCCACAAGUCCAGGCAAUGGAAGUGUACCAGGAUUUGGAGGAGGCAACGGACUACCGGGCAACAUCAUCGAGGAUAUGCUGCUUAGACAAAGGCUCGGCCAGGAAAUUCCUCACGACGGUGGGGGCACGAUAAAACGGACCGAGUCGCUUUACAUCUCGCCGGCCCGCAAAAAAGAAAUGGUGGCCCCGGCUCCGGUGCCGAAAAGGAAGAAAAGUCUGCCGGGUGCAGCUGACGCUCCGGCGGCGAUCCUGAGCCGAGAAGAGGCCUCGGUUCUCAGCUCGCAAAGACGAGAAGAAGUGCGACGCCAAGUCGAGGAAGCAGAACGCUACAGAGCAAAUCCUUUGCUCUAUUUCUGUAGCCCGCAAGUCAAGGGUUGGUUGGCCCGCCAGCAAUUGACAAUUUUCAUCUUGAUCAUCAAUCUUUCACUUGCAUACCUCUUCUUCAAGCUACUGACAUAGCAACAAUGAAACAAUAGGUGACAUGUUUUGUUCGUUUUUUUUUUUUGGUUUUUAUUAAUUGGAAUAGCUGCUGCUCAAACCGAUCCAAGUUUGACGCAGCAAAAAAAAAAAAAUUGGGUUUUUUUUUUUUUUCGGAUGAGGAGAGAAAUUAAAGUGAUUCUUUGAAAAACGUUUGAGUGAACUUGAUUGCCUUGAAUUAGUUAUGAUGCUGUUUUUUUUUGUUUCAAUGCCCCAACCUUUUUCGUCUCUUGUUUCAGCCCUUUUUGAUCACUGACAUGUCCAUAAACUGUAAAAAAAAAUAAUAAUUUGAAACUGUGGGAGUCCUCUAAUCUAAAAGCUUCUCCGCAUACCACGAGAACUUUUUUUUGCGCGCACUAGAAUCGAAUAAAAAAAAUGUAUGUAUUAUUACUCAGCAGGACAACGAUUAGUCAUUGGUCUUUUUGGAGUGGAGACUUCAAGCAAAGGAUUGUAAUUACUGGAUUUUCAUUGAAGGAAAGAGCCAAGGACGACGAUCUAUUUUAUUUUUUUUUAGUUGAAAGGUGGCACUUUCCACAAGCAGUGUAACUGAUGCAAACGAAUUGACAACUCGAAAAUUGCGAGGAUUUGUCUUCGUACACAUUUUUAGUUGAUUUCCGUUUCCUUGUUACUUUGUUUUUGAAAAGAAAAAAGAAAAGCUUCUCGUCGUACGCUGGCUAAAGCGAUUGAAUUUCCCGACCAUCAGAUGGCACUGCAUUAUUUGAAUUUGGAACGCUAAAUUUUAGAAAAAUUCUUUUUUUGUUUUUGUAAAGAAGAAAAUGUUCUAAAUUACUAUUGAAUUUUUUCAAGUCGCGCCACACAAGUCCAAGGGUUAGUGCCUUUUUUUUUUUUUUCAAAUCUUCACGUACAUCAUUUUUUCUGUCUAGUCCAUUUGCUCUUCCUUCUUAAUGAAGUCAAUUUCGGUCAUCGAGUGAUCGAUUGAAACUACGCGUUUAAAGUAUUUUUUUGAGAAAAAGAAACACACGUACACGUUACGUGGUCAGCAAAGAGUAGACGAGCUACGACCGCCGGUCGAUUCCUUUUCACACUUUGUUUUAAUAACGACAUGAAUAAAGCCCAUGACAAAAAAAAAAAGCCCACAAUUUCAUUGUAUGAAAAAUAUUUUGUAAUCACGCUGAGACCCUUCCCUUUUGGUCUUCUCUCCUGUUUUUAGUUUGAAGUUUUGUCUUCUGUAUUCAGUCCUUUGUGAUUUUCAUGCCAGUUUUACUUCCUUCCCUUUUUAUUAUUUUUUUUUUCUCAACUCAAUGCCGAUGACAUCAAAUCGAACAUUUGUAUACGAAACCCAAUGAUUGGCUUUCACAUGUAUCACGCACGGAAAUUUGCAAAUCCCCUCCCCCACCCCGAACUUGGUCCUCCUCCUCUUCGUUGAACAGUCUGUUUGGAUAUCUCGUAUAAACUUUGUCAUCAAUAGUUAUUACUCUUUUCUUGUUUUUUCAAGCUUUACAUGAUCGGAAGUUGUUUGUUUUCAAUUUUUAUUUAUUAUUAUUAUUUUUUAAAAAACCCAAAUAGCCCAUGCAUUGUCACUUUUAUGAUGAAUAUUAUCGCUCUCUUCCUUUUCCGCACCUGUGAACCACCCCUUCCUUUUUUGUUGUUCUGUUUUCCUCCGUCUCAGCCGUUCACACAAUUUCAUUCUUACUCGGUAGCUGGAUCCCUCUCUUUUUGUUACCCAUUUUGUUCUAGCUCCAGAUCCACCUCCACACAUAUACAUAUAACUCAAUUUGUUAGACAAGAAGAAAGAGAAAAAGGGUAAAAUAAGAAAACGAGCGAGAACGAAGAGGAGAAGAUGUGAAUACAAAUUUGUGAGAUAAUAA